AUGGCUUUUCGGCUCUUCGUUGGCCCUCGGAUUGGCCCACAAAAGUCCCGAAAAAGCGUCCAGCCUUUAUUCAGCCUGCGUGGGGAACCAGAACUUGCGAAAGCAGCGAACAAGGUGGGUUUUCGUAUUCUGGAGGGCAAGCCCAUCGAUGGUAACUCGGUCGUACCUGCACUUCGCUGCGUGCUUGAGACCCUCUUCGAGGGUUCUGGAAAAGAAAUUAAGAUUAACAGCGCUUCAAAGACCGCUUAUAUAGCGAAGAGAUUUCAAGAAAUCUUCAGUGGGCCUGCGAGCAAUCAGUCUCGAAGGUCUCUGGUGUUGUCGGUAGAUCCAGAUACCCUGAAACCCAGUUAUCGCGCAGGACCACCACUCAGGCAAGAGUAUGUUAGGGAUCGUGCCUAUUUCUUCCUCCAACAAAUCUAUGGCUCAGAUCAAAAUGGCUUGCUCUAUCCCAGCUCAUUCGCAGUGAUGCGCGAUGUGUUCUCCUUUUUCAGUAGAGAGCCCCUUUUCAACCCUGCUGAUAAGCAGAAUCUACCUGGAUCUCCAGGGUUGCAGCAAGUGAUUGAACAGAUCCCUCCUUCAUCGCCAGGGUUUCAGUUUCCUAGGCGGAGAGAACUAUGUUGGGCACACUUAGAUAACAAGACAACAUCUCAAAGGUCCGUUCAGCUGUGGAGGGAGAAAAGAAUCCUUCUCGACUGUCUUCCCGGCCGCCCACUCCUUCGAUCUGGCUCCAGCCGUACCCUUUAG